AUGCGAAGCUACAAUUUCCCCGAUUCGCCCCCGUUCUCCGGUUACUCGCUUUUCUGUAAGCAGAGACUUCAGAAAAUUGCUGUUACAGGAAUGGACAAAGAGGAAAGACUGGUCGAGUUGAGGAACUGCUCAGUGAAAUGGCACGAACUUACUGGGGUCGAGCAAGAUCAAUUUCGAGAGCAGGCUGCAGAGAUGAAACGUAACUACAGUAUAUCGAUCAUCACCUGGCUGAAAGAUAUGGAGUCAAAGAAUAUGCAUAAGGUGAUAGCCCGCAUGUUCGAGAUGAUCCGGCUCUUGCCGCGAUACGUGCAACUAAUUCGCACAUCCGUGUUGCUACAUCGAAAGUGUAUGCAAAAGGUUUACAAGUGUCCCGAAGUCGAAACUCGCAGCGGCUUCAGUCUGUUUUGUCAAAGCCGCGCUAAAAAUAAGUUUCAGGUUCAGUCAGAGCCUCAGCCGGUCACUGAAACAGAGCCAACGACUUCAGACGAAUCUUUGGAUGUCAAAAGACGCGUCGCCAUCCAGAAGUACUUAACCGAAUGGCGUAAUUCACCUAAUCAGAUAAGGGCAAAAUUCUACAGCGAGGCGUUGCAGCGACGGCAGCAGACCACCAAAGACUACCAACUGUGGCUGGAAAGUAUGCAGGAGCAAAAUAUGAGUAGCGUGCUUGAAAUAUUCCUCAAACAGGAUGCACUUUUAUCCAUGCUGAAACUUGACUAUCCCAAGAAACUUCCCAAGAAACAAGAUCAGCCUUCUGCUGACCAGUGA